GUGUGAAGCUUAGUACGGAGUAUCAUUUUUGUAAAGCAAUAUCUUUGCCAGCAGUGGAACCCAAAAAUCAGGUAAUCAAAACGCUCCGAGUCGUCGUUGGUGAGAAGUGGAAAUCACGUGCUUACCUUCUUCUUCUUCUUCCUCCAAAUUCACCGAUUAGAUGAAACUUAACAAUAGGAGUAGCAUGUUCUCCUCUAUAAAAACACGUACUCAUAAACAGAUGUUUUAGGUCGUGGGUUAGGGUCAAGAAAAAUCCCUCUUCUUUCAUCCCAAUUCUUGCCUGUAGUGUGAAGAGCGAAAAAACAAUGGCAGCUUCCAAGACGGCUUGCGUUAUCGGUGGCAGCGGAUACGUGGCGGCGACGCUCAUCAAGAUGUUGCUUGAGAAAGGCUACGCCGUCAACACCACUGUCAGGGACCCCGACAAUCACAAAAAGGUCUCCCACCUUGUAGCAUUUGAGAGUCUGGGCAGCUUAAAAAUAUUCAAAGCAGACCUUACUGAUGCAGAGAGCUUUGAUGCCCCAAUAGCAGGUUGUGACCUGGUCUUCCAUGUUGCAACCCCAGUCAACUUUGCUUCAGAAGAUCCAGAGAAUGACAUGAUAAAGCCAGCAAUCCAAGGAGUGCUCAAUGUUUUAAAAGCCUGUGCCAAAGCAGGGACAGUCAAGCGUGUCAUUUUGACAUCGUCAGCAGCUGCUGUAUCGAUCAAUCAGCUCAAUGGGACUGGUAUAGUCGUCGACGAGAGUCACUGGACCGAUGUCGAAUUUUUGUCUUCUGCAAAGCCACCCACUUGGGGUUAUCCUGUAUCAAAGACCCUAGCGGAGAAAACAGCUUGGAAAUUUGCUGAAGAGAACAACAUUGAUCUUGUUACUGUCAUCCCUUCUCUUAUGGCUGGUCCUUCUCCCACAGUAGACGUUCCUAGUAGUAUUGGUCUUGCCAUGUCCUUGAUCACAGGGACUGAGUUCCUUAUAAAUGCGUUGAAAGGUAUGCAAAUGGUUUCAGGGUCUAUCUCCAUAACCCAUGUCGAAGAUGUUUGUCGUGCCCAUAUAUUCGUGGCCGAGAAAGAAUCGGCUUCUGGUCGUUAUAAUUGCUGUGUUGUCAAUACCAGUGUUCCAGAGCUUGCCAAGUUCCUGAAGAACAGAUACCCACAGUACAAUAUCCCUACCGAUUUUGGAGAUUUCCCUUCCAAAUCCAAGGUGAUCAUCUCGUCUGAAAAGCUCACCAAAGAGGGAUUCAGCUAUAAGUAUGGGAUCGAAGACGUUUACGACCAAUGCGUGGAGUACUUUAAGUCCAAGGGGAUUUUGCAGAACUGAAAUCAACUGAUGUUACUCUAUCCUCUCUAAUGUGCCACUGCGUGUCCCUGUAGUUUGUGUUCACCUAGUAAUGGUUUUGCUUGGCUGUAUGCAUACUACAAAUAAUAUCCACUUCCUCUUUCGGUGAUUGGCCGCAUGAUAUGUCGAAGCACUUUUAUUAAAA